AUGGAUAUCCACCGCUGUCGUUUCGUUUCCUACAACCCCCAAGCGAUUAAUUCGCUUGCUUUUUCGCAUCCUCCGUCCGCAGACUCGGCUGGACGAGGUGUCCCGACCCUUCGAUUGGCGAUCGGCCGUGCGAACGGCGAUAUUGAAAUAUGGAACCCAAUGCGCGGCGCCUGGUUCCAGGAGACCGUGCUCCGUGGAGGAAAGGACCGGAGUAUUGAAGGACUCGCCUGGACUCAGGAUCCUUCCGAGGAUGGCCCCCAGGGAGUGAAGUUGCCAGGCAAGCUGCGCCUGUUCAGCAUCGGCUAUUCUUCCGCCGUCACCGAAUGGGACCUUGAGCAGGGUCGCCCGGUUCGUCACUCCAGCGGAAACUAUGGAGAGAUUUGGUGUCUCGCUGCCCAGCCGCGGUGGCAGCCGACGAAGAGCAAGGAUGGGAAAUUGCUGCCUCCCGCCGAAGGGGAGUUUAUAGGACAGCACCUGGCUGCUGGCUGUGCAGACGGCACGAUUGUGAUUCUUUCUACUGCCGACAAUGACUUGAAAUUUCUCCGCUUAAUGCGCCCUUCGACCAAACGGGCCCGUGUGCUCAGCGUAACCUUCCAGAACCGCAAUACCAUCGUCGCUGGCUAUGCCGACAGCUCUAUUCGCCUCUUUGACAUUCGGAAUGGCCAACAAUUGCGGACAAUUUCGCUUGGAAAGGGACCGACCGGCGGCCCGAAAGAAAUUCUCGUUUGGUCUGUGAAGUGUUUGCCCGAUGGGACCAUUGUCUCUGGAGACUCUGCGGGUGAAAUUCGGUUCUGGGACGCCAAGAACUAUUCCCUCGUCCAACGGGUACAGGCUCACCUAGCCGAUGUGCUGGAUGUGGCUGUCAGCGCAAACGGUGACACCGUCAUCAGUGGAGGAGCUGACCAGAGAACUGUGGUCUACCGUAAAAAAGAGACUGAGAAGGGUGAUAAGAAGGCUCGCUGGGCAGAGGUGAUGCAUCGACGAUACCACUCUCACGAUGUGAAGACGUUCGCUGUCUACGAGACGAAGGAAGUCAGCAUUGCUGUUUCUGGAGGCCCUGAUGCGACACCAAUCGUUUUGCCACUGCGUGAAUUUGGAAAAGAACACCACCGCAAGCUGUCUAGUCUCCCUCAAACCCCUCAGCUGACCUCGUCGCCUUCAUCGCGCUUGGUUAUGAGUUUCUGGGAUAGGGAAGUUAGCCUAUGGCGUGUAUCUCGAGGCCCGGUUUCCACGAACGAGAAUAUUGAUGGCCAGAGGCAUAGACUCGUUGCAAAGGUCAUGAUCCAGGGUGAGGAAAAUAUCACAUCUGCUAUGCUGUCGGCGGACGGGAAGAUUCUUGUCGUGGCUACCACCUCCGAGAUUAAAUUAUUUACAAUUCGUCGCCGCAAGGGUGAUGAGAAAGCGGCUUUCCGAGUCCAAAAAGUUGAUGUCCCCAAAUCUUUUUCGACCGAGGGUGCACGCGUUGUCGCCAUCUCUCCCGAUAGCCACUGGCUCUCUAUCAUUAAACCCAAUAGCGAAGUGUACGUUGCUAGAAUCCAGCCAGCAUCUUCAACCACAGAGAAGCCUCAAAUUCUACCCCAACUUGCACACUUGAAGCGUGUGUCACGACACACUCGACACGAAAAGGCUUCACAUGGUACUCUGGGUGAUUAUGAAAGGACAAUCCGAUCCGUUGCCUUUUCCGACGACAGCAAGAUUUUGGCUGUUGGUGACCUGUCUGGCUGCGUGGAUACCUGGGUCCUUAGCAACGCAACGACCCCUGCUACAAAUGGCUAUCAUAAGACAAAUGGAGCAUCUCAGUCGGACGAUGACUCUUCGGACGACGAGGAGGACAAUGUUGUGAUUGAGGGUGAGCAUUGGCAGGUGGCGGCUUCGGAGUCUCCCAUUCCUCGCAUGAAAUCUGGAAUCACACUGUUGUCAUUCCGUCCCGAGAACACUUCCACAAAGGCUCUUACCAAUGGUCACAAGGCAUCGACCGGCGAGGACCGUUUGAUGGUUCUCACAAGCGAGCACCAACUCAUCGAAUUUGAGGCACGCAGUGGAAAGCUCUCAGACUGGUCACGACGAAACCCCAAGGCCUACCUCCCUGGAGAAUUCCGGGGUGUGAAAGACCGUGCUAUGGGCUGCAUGUGGGAUCUUUUCGAGGAUCGCGAACGUCUUUGGCUUUAUGGAACCUCUUGGUUGUGGAUGUUCGACUUAGUCCAAGACUUCCCGUCUCCGGAGGAGUUUGCAGCCGAGGAAACCAAGGCCGCAAACCAGCUUGUCAAAGCCUCAAAGCGCAAGCGCGAUCCCUUUGAAGAAGAUGACGGCGAGCGCAAGAAGUCCAACACCGGCGCUGGUGAUCGGGUCCCUCGGUUCCAGAUGGAUGUCCAUCUGGGUAGCAAGGUCCGGAAGAUUGUCGGCAGUGACGAGUCGCAGGGCGAAUGGAUCUCACUCGACCAAGAACGCCCGCGUGAUCCCGAAGAUGAUGAAGCCUACGAGUAUGACGAGGACUUUGCAACCAGCAACGAAGCCACCUUAGCUCGUCUCCGCCGCGAGAAUGGAGCCGCAGUUGAGAAUGGGUCCCCCCAGAAGAAGCUCCACGCCAAUUGGCUUUCAGAUACCCCGAAAAAGCAGCCACUGGCGAUCAACGGUGCCUCUCAACCUGUGCGUCGGUGGUGGCACACGUACAAAUACCGUGACAUCCUCGGUAUUGUUCCUCUCAACGCGGUCUCAGGCGAUCCUAACGAGGAGAGCCCGGUCGGCAACCUGGAAGUGGCCGUGGUGGAGCGACCGAUGUGGGAUGUCGAGUUGCCUGGUCGUUACAUCAAGGACUAUGAGUGA